GUGAGACGUCCCUCUCAUGCGUAAUCUCUGACGCACCACUAGGCCCCGCCCCCUUGUUUGAACCGCCAGCAGCGCCAAACCCCGGAGUCCGACGAUGAGCGGAGACCUGAGCGCGGAGCCGCAGUGGCGGAGGGUCCACACGGUGACCGGGGUGGUACCGCGGUCCCGACACGGACACCGAGCCGCAGCCAUAAGGGAGCUCAUCAUCGUGUUCGGCGGCGGAAACGAGGGGAUAUCCGAGGACCUCCAUGUUUACAACACGGUCUCCAAGCAGUGGUUCCUGCCUGCUGUUAGAGGAGACAUCCCACCAGGCUGUGCUGCCCACGGCUUUGUCUGCGAGGGCACUCGAAUACUGGUGUUUGGUGGCAUGGUGGAAUUUGGCAAAUACACCAACAGCCUCUAUGAGCUUCAGGCUAGUCGCUGGUUGUGGAGGAAGCUGAAGCCCAGAGCCCCCAGGAGUGGCUUGCCUCCCUGUCCUCGGAUUGGACACAGCUUCACUCUUGUGGGUAAUAAGUGCUACCUGUUCGGAGGCCUGGCCAAUGACAGUGAAGACCCUAAUGGCAACGUACCAAGGUACAUGGGUGACCUUUAUGAGCUGGAGCUGCAGGCAGCAUCAGGUGUACGAGGCUGGAGCAUCCCAGAAACAAAAGGUGGUGGUCCUUCAGCACGGGAGUCUCACAGUGCAGUGGCUUACGUUGGCCUCAGCUCCCCGAAGCUCUACAUCUUCGGAGGAAUGCAAGGAUGUCGGUUAGACGACCUCUGGCAGCUUGACCUUGACACAAUGGUAUGGUCAAUGCCUGAAACAAAGGGUUCUAUUCCACUUCCCAGAAGCCUUCACUCUGCCAGUGUAAUCGGAAACAAGAUGUAUGUGUUUGGAGGCUGGAUUCCUGUUCCAGAGUCGGACAAACACAACGCUUCAGAAACCAAAUGGAUCUGCACCAACUCUUUAAGUGUGCUCAACUUAGACACGAUGAACUGGCAGAACUUAGGCCCAGAGGAGCAGGACGAAAUUGAGUCCCAGCUGCAGAGUCAGGGACCCCAGAGUGACGACACAUAUGCUUGUAGGCCCAGAGCCAGGGCCGGCCACUGCGCCGCCGCUGUCGGAUCCAGGAUUUACAUUUGGAGUGGACGCGACGGAUACCGUAAGAGCUGGAACUACCAGGUCUGCUGCAAGGAUCUCUGGUACCUGGAGACGGAACGACCAGCCGCCCCAGAGGCAGUGUUACUUGUCAAAUCCACUGUCAGCAUGCUCCAUGUGGCAUGGCGCCCCCUGGCGGCAGCAGACUGGUACAUCCUUCAGAUGCAGCCUGUGUGUCCUCCUAACACUGCAGCCAGCAGUUCACCUGACAAACCAGUGGAGCCCACACAAACAAGAGGACAAGAAGGGAAGAACAAAGAUCAUAAAGGAGUCCAGUCUCUUCAGACUCAAACUGAAGGAACCACAAGCCGACAAGAGAAGGUUUCAACUCAGGAUGCUUCUGUGAAGCAGGAAACUGUGGUGAAAUCAUCCGGUGGCUCAGCACAGACACAAACACCCGGAGGGAGAAACUCAGACAUUUCAGACACUAAGAGCUGCUCAGCUGCUGGACAGGAGACAUCAGCAACAGAGGUCUCCAGCAUAGCUCAGCCCCUGUCAGACAAACCUGCAGAUGCAGAUCAGACUCCAGAGGAAGCGGCAUGGUUUGACGUUGGUGUGUUUAAAACACUCUACUCUGAGGUCAACCACUACUUUCUACCUGCUGAUAGUGACCAGGCUUUCCCCCAGAAGAAGCAGCCGGGGCCUCAGGACUACCAGGGCAGAGAGAAGCAGGAGCUUACUCCAGGUCAGACCUACAGGUUCAGAGUUGCAGGCAUCAACUGCUUCGGCCAGGGAGACUUUAGCCCAGUCAGCGAGUUCAAAACCUGUCAACCUGGUUUCCCUGGAGCGCCCUCUGCUGUCAAGAUCACCAAGGCCAAUGAUUUGGUCCAUAUCACGUGGGAGUCUCCAUCCUCUCCGUCGGGCCGCAUCCUGGAGUAUUCCAUGUAUAUGGCUGUAAGGAAAAGCCGCUCCACCUCCUCGGAGGGGCCGGGUCAGAUGACUUUCAUCAGGAUCUACAGGGGCACCAAGACUUCCUGCUCCAUCAACUCCACCCAGCUGGUCAAUGCCCACAUCGACUGCUCCGCCUCAAACCGCCCAGCUGUCGUCUUCCGCAUCGCUGCCAAGAAUGAGCAGGGCUAUGGCCCGGCAACGCAGAUCCGUUGGAUCCAAGAUCCCAUUAAAUCGCGACCAUCUGCAUCCAAAGCAGACAUCAGUGCUGAGGCUGAACAAGAUGCUGCUGACAGCUCCAGCUGAAAAAGUUAGAUCCUGUGAUGUUUGGAAAAUACGGUACUCAGGAAGUUGAUGAUGGCACUCAGAUGUAUUUGAUAUGUCCAAGAUAAUUU